AUGUUUGAAGCACAGGUCGCAUUUUACCUUAACCAAUAUCUAGGUCGCUAUGUGUCUGGUCUCGAUGCCGAGUCGCUCAAGAUCUCGGUGUGGAAGGGUGAUGUGGAGCUCAGGAACCUGCUGCUCAAGCCAGAGGCGCUGGCAGGGCUCAACCUGCCGAUCACCGUGCCAUGGAAUCGCCUGGGCCAGGCCCCAGUCGUGGCGGAGUUCGACCGGCUGUACAUCGUGGCCGCGCCCCGCGAGGAGCAAGAUGCUGCAGAGGCCGAGGCGGCGCCGGCCAGCGACGACGAUGCGCAGGUGCAGGCUGUGGAGGCGGCGGCGCGGCAGAAGCGCGUGCUGGCGGCGGAGAACGAAUGGAUCAAGCAGCAGCAGCAGCAGCAGCAGCAGCAGCAGCAGCAGCAGCAGCAGCAGCAGCAGCAGCACGCUCGGCGCCACGCCUCCUCGGGCGGCGGCGGCGGGCCCCUCGGCCUGCGCGGCCUGAUCGACACCAUCAUCGCCAACCUCGAGCUGCGGGUCACAAACAUCCACGUGCGCUUCGAGGACCCGAGCAGUUGGCCGGGCCGGACGUUUGCCAUCGGCGUGAUGCUGUCUGAGAUCAGCGCCCACACCGUGGAUGAGGAUGGGCGGAGGGCGUUCGUGACCAACGAGCAGCUGCGGACGAUGCGCAAGGUGCGCGCAGAGGCGGCGCGCACAUGGGCGUGCGUGGGCGUGGGCGUGGGCGUGGGCUUUGGCGUGGGCGUGGGCGUGGGCGUGGCCACGGGUGCGAGCGGCGUGAAGCUGUCGAAGCUCUGCGUCUACUUCGACACCGACGCCGCGCGCCUGGAGCCCUCGGGAGGAAGCUGGGAGAAGCUGGGGCGCGAGGGCUGGGACGACAUGCUGCUGCCGGCCAACCACGCGGCGGGCGGCGGCCCGAUGGAGCCGCACCCGCACGCCAGGCUGGCGUCGUCGGUCAGCCAGAUGCUCGGGCCGCCGGCGACGGGGGCAGCCGCAGGGGCAGCGGCUCCUGCGCAGCAGGAGCCCCCGGGCGUGCCGCCGCCGGCGGGGGCGUCUGCGGCUGCAGCAGCGCCUGGCACAUCCGAGCCGCCACCGCCCGGCAGCCCAAAGACAAGCGAUGGCGCGCCGCAGCUCCCUGGCGCCGCGCCGCCGCCCGCGGACGGCGCCCGCCACCAGUUCCUGCUGUGCCCCGUCGACGGCACGAUGCGCUACACGCGCCGCACCGCCGCGGCGCGGCUUCUGGAGUCGGAUGCGGCGCAGGAGAUGGAUCUGAAGCUCCAUUCCAUCAGCAUCCGUCUGCACCGCCUGCAGUACCUCAGCACCCAGAAGCUGCUCGAGGAGUUUGACCGCUACACCGCCGGCGCGCCGCACCGGCACCUGCGGCCCGGCUGCAGGCCGUCGAACGCCUGCGGCGCGCGGCUGUGGUGGCGAUACGCGAUCCGCGUCGUGCAGCGGCAGCAGGUGCAGCAGUUCAUUGUGUGGCGCAGCGUCAAGGCGGUGUCGGCGCUGCGGAAGGAGUACGUACCGGCGUACGUGCGCUGCCUGCAGGCCGGGAAAGUCGGGGGCGACGAGGCGAUCGCGGCGAUGGAUGCGCAGCUGGACGAGCACGUGAUCCAGCUGUUCAGGCGGAUGGCAUAUGUCAGGUACAUGGCGCUGCGCAAGGCCGCCGGCGGCGACGGCAAGUCCCGCGCGCAGCAGCAGCAGCAGGGCGGCGGCUGGCUCGGCUGGCUCCGCGGCGCCGCAGGCGGCGGCGGCAGGGACGGGCAGCAGCACGGCGGCGGCGGCGGCGGCGCGGCGGGCGCGGGGCAGGUGCUGGAGGCGGAUAUGGGGUCGGAUGAGUGGCAGAAGCUCGCUGAGCUGGCGAUGCAGAGCGAGGAGGCGCUGUCGCAGGGCACCGCGCAGCAGACGCCCUACAGCGUCGACACGCGGUUGGGCGUCCAGGUGGCGAGCGCGUCGGUCGAGCUGCAGGACGGGCCCGGCAAGAUGCUGCUGCAGGGCAGCAUGAGCGGCGUGGGGGCGAGGAUGCUGUCGUAUCCGACGGCCACCGACCUGCGGCUGGAUAUCACGAUGUUCGGUGUGCACUCCGCCUACGGCCCGCUGCUCAGCUCCGGCCUCCUCUCCCGCGCCGCCCCCCGCGGCGGCGGCGCCCCCGCCGCGGCACCAGCCGUGGCGCCCCCCGGCCUGCGCGCGGGCGCCGUGUCCAUGCACCUCGUGCGGCGGCCGCAGGACGGCAGCGCCGACCUCGUUGCGCGCCUGGCGGUGGCGCCGAGCUACGUCACCUAUGACAAGAGGGCGCUGUCCGAGGUUGGUGACUUUUUCAGAUCAGAUCGCCCCGUGGAGUUGAGCCGCCUGCAGGCGCAGGCCGCGGCGCGCACGGACCAGCUGCGCCGCAUGGCGCGGCUGCAGCUCAAGGCGAUGAACGCGCGCAACGCGGCGGAGAAGCCGCGGCUGCUGCUGGGCGUCACGAUGCAUGCGCCCAAGGUGGCGAUACAGGACGAGUGGGGCGGCACCACGCUCAUCGCUGACCUGGGUUGCUUCACGCUGGAGUCCAACCCUGAGCUGCUGGCCAGGCUGAGCCCCGAGGAGGCCGCGGUGUACGAGUGCUUCACGGAGGCAUUCUUCUGA